GUCUGCUCUGAAUGAAUGAUCCACCACACACAAUAGGCGGCCUGACAGACACCACCACCACCAACACCCACACACACGCACCUCUGAUCAUAGAAGUCUUCGUGUGGAUGAGUGCCAUUCCCUCACCGUCAGCCGUUGCGCGCUGCACCAAGUAGCAGACGUGUGUCCCAACCGCUUAUGCGUCUGAUGCUGAAGCCGUCGAUCUUGGCGCCGUCAAGAAGGAAGGCGUCGAUAGAACCACGCUGCUCAGGCGUCGUCUUGUCGACCAGCAGCUUGACAGACUGGAGUCCCCUGAGGUGCAUGGUAUGAUCGGUCAGCGAUGAAAGGCGGGCGCGGACGACGCUGCCGGCAUCCUCCACAUCAUCAGGUACUGAAGGUGAACACACACAGAAGGCAGAAAUGAGGAUGGAUGGACACAAUGCCCUCUUCUCUCAUCGUACGCGUCAUGGUGAAUUCUAGUUCUCUGAUGGUCGGCAGCUCGUCGGCCGCCCCCAGCAAUGGGUCUAGUUGGUCGACACCGAUCUCCCCCAUCGGCACCACAUCCACCUCCCUCCCCCUCCCCAGUGCCGCCAACACGCCCACAUUCUCCUCACCACCCGACAUCCAUCUGAGUCUCACCCCUUGCACCUUCUUCGGCACCUUGGCGGCCAGCAGCCGCCCGGCAGCACCACCCAUUUCGCUCCAGACACACAGCUGUGAGGUCUUCGGGAACGGCUGGAGGUGUGUGAUAAUGGCGGGGUGGGGCGAUGGGGUGUUGGCCGGGGGGUAGAACCCAAAAGCAUUCUGGACCGACACCGUCUCGGCCUUGUCGAAUGAGAGGCUGGAUGCGAUGUCAAUGGCCGCUGGUCUGGGGUCGGUGUGCGGGUCGGUGAGGCCGUCCUGACUGAAGACGUACAUCACCGAUGUGGCCUGCCGGGCCAGCUGCUGAAUCACGGUCUUGAAUGGGGGUGAGGGGCGGGAGGGGAAAUCCGUGGCGUAGAAGAUGGAGAGAUCAAGUUGGAGAAGGCCGGUUGUGGUGACAGCGAGUUGAGCGUCCGAUCGGCAGCAGGCGACGACCAGCCGCUCCACGGCGAGCAGGACGGGCAACGUGUAGCGGCUGAUGGCGUAGCGGGCAGAAAAGCGGACGUGCAGCUGCUUGAGAGAACGCCGGCAGCCCCGCGUCAGCAGCGCCUCCUGAAGGAAAGAACACACAGAUGCAGGAAGGACAUCUUGAACCACCCACACGCGCUGCUGUAAAUGUGCGUUGUGGUCACCUGAAGCCGGUCGAUGCCCGCCGGAUUGUCAAGUUCGACCAAGAUGGUGCCGAUGCUCUCGAAGUUGCGAAGUGGCCCUCCCUGCCGCCCGGCGGGUGCCUCAGGGAUCACCUCAAACACACGCGCCCACUCGUCACCCCAAUACGCCCCGUCGAUGUGCUGCAGGGAGCGGGACGAGCUGAUGAGUCGGCGCAGUCUGUCAGCCCACCACCCCUCCGGCCGCACGAUGGCGAGUGAGGGCAUCUGCCAGCCCCGGUAGGCCAGCCCAUGAUGGUGGUGGGUCAGGCCGGCAAUGGUGGUGAGCGCGUGGAGGGUGGGGGGCGCGUCGAGAGGCGCGGGGAGGGCUGGGUGAGUCCUCGUGACGGUUCGCCUCGCCGCGUCGGUCAGCCGAACCCCUUCUUCGAUGGUGAUGGUCUGCAGGGUCCCGCCAUCCAUGUUGGCUGCCACCCGACCGGCAACGUGGCCCUCCACCAGGGCCACGAACACGUGAAGACACCACAUGGGGAAGCCCAGGGGGUAGCAGAGGACGACACACGCCAGCUUCGUCAGGUAUGUCGCCCAUUCGGUGACCAAAUCGAUGGUGGUCCUCUGCCAAAAGAACCGCUCGUCUUCGGCUGCGGCGCUCAUGGUGAGGUGGUGCUGCUUGCGGGCGGCGUGCUGCCACGUCAGGGGCGGCAACUGCAGCUGCAUGAGCAGAUGGAUGGGUAGGAAGGCCAUGACGGUGCUGAGGAGACCGGGCUGUACACAGCCACGCAGCACACGGGACGGCAAGAGAUAUUCGUCAGGGUGUGCAUGCCCUCAUUGCGUCGGGGCCACACUCACCGUGUCAGCGAUUUGUUGCCGAAGGUCGCUCUCCGUCUCCUGACGUCGCUGCCGCUCCUCAUCACUCUCACCACUACCACCACCAGCAGAUGCAGACGCAGUCGAAGCCGCAGCAGCCGGCGCGUCACCACAACAAGACCACCUGACCUGCACCCAUACAGCAAACACACCAACACAGCCGACAUCCGUCUGGUGAAAUGCGCCAUCCAUUGCCAGCGGUGCUGUGGUCGCCUCACCUGUCUAUCUCCCUCCUCCAUGGCCAGCUGUAGAUCUGAUUCUGUAGAACUCCAAUGCCUCCUCUGAGGCCGCUGAUUAGCCACUGCUCACGGCUCUAUGACGUCGCUCCCUGACACACGAACACACACAGCACAUGAGGCCUACACCGAUGGCGAAUUCGCCUUCUCCCUGCCUUGAAGUACCUCAGAGUCAGGAAGGACGGGACGCGAGGAUGCCUGUCAUUCGACCCAUCGAUUUGAGGCGCAGCAGGCACAAAGGGGGGCCUCGGUCGCCCCUCAAUGCUGCACACGGGCUGGUUCGCCUCUUGGUGCAAGUUUUAUAUCUGCGAGCUCGAAGGGGGUUCCUUCCCGAACACCUUGCCUCGUUUGGCAUUUGUGUGUCGCCAGACUGCUCUGCGUUGGCAAAGGAACUCACCAAUCGAAAAAAUGACAAGAUGACUCAUGACGCACGGCACAUGGGGGUGUGAGACACGAUGC